GCGUUGUCCCCGAAGGCGUUCGGCUGGGAAUGCCCCGUGGCAGCCAGAAAUUUGUUGCAAAACUCAAACUCCACCACUGCAGUAUGGAGCUGUGCAGCAAAACGUGCUUGUGUGUGUGUGUGUGUGUGUGUGUGUGUGUGUGUGUGUGUGUGUGUGUGUGUGUGCGUGCGUGCGCGCGUGUGUAUAUACAUAUAUAUAUAUAGGAGUAUGUAUGCAUAAACAACAAAAUUAAACAAUAAGAACAAAAAGAAACUCAACAAAACAAAACACCACCUGUCCUGGUCUUUUAUUUGGUGCUUUAAAUUUACAUGGAAAAUGCAACCCUGUGACCUCAAGGUAAGCAAUGAAAAAGCGGAAACUAAUUUCCUGACAUUGAAAGGUCACUACAUUGAAAGGUGGCUUCUCUGAUCUCACAUUAUUUUAUAAAUGUGUUUCAGCUUCUUUCUUUUGCACCUUUUUUUUUCUUCUUUACUGAGACAAUAUAAUUUAGCCUGUUUUUAAGAGCAGCAAAAAAACCCCCCAAAAAAACAACAACAACAAAAAAAAAAACCAGUGGAAAUUAACAUUUAUCGGUCUCAACUACUGCAAAUAUCCACCCCCUCAAUCUCCUAAGGUAGUUUCAGUUGUUACAACCUAAAUGUUACAUUCAGAAGUUUUAUGUACCAUGGUUUCCACAUUCAUCACACAUAUGGUAAAAACAUUAACCUUAAUCAAUUUUGCAUAUUACGUGGUUUUUCUUCCAUGACAGAUACUGUGAGCAGGCUGUCAAGUGGAAAGAAGAAAACAGUGAAAAUUUUUAGAGCGCUCAUUUUACAGUAUUUUAACUCCUCUGAAAAUUUCAACCUUUUUCUGAUGUAUAUGAAGAUAACUUAAGACAAUGGAUUUACACUGAAACACAUGUUUAGAGUUGUAUUUUGUGCUGUUGACUCAGUUCUCCCUCUACAGUCUACAAGUUAAUUGAAAAAUUGAAUACAGAAGCGAACUUUCUCAGUCUUGAGGAAAUUUGUUCCAUCUGCAUCAUGGGAAGUCCUUUGUUUUUGUAUGUAUUUUUAUUCUACUGGCAUUUCCUAAAUGCUUUAUUCACUGUCGAAGCUCCUCAGUCACUCUGCAUUGCGGAACGUGGGAACAAUGUGACCAUGGAAUGCACAUUUCCAGUGAAUGGGAAAUUAGAGUUUAGAGAUUUAAGUGUCAGCUGGGAAAAGAAAGAUGAGUUGAAGCAGGUUUAUGUACUUCACAAAGGAGAGGAAGACCUCAAAAUUCAGCACAGUGACUUUAGAGGAAGAAUAAAAUUGUUGAAAGAGAAUCUGAAAUUGGGACAAUCUCUCCUUCAGAUCACUGAUGUGAAGCUCAGAGAUGCAGGGGUUUACCGCUGUGUUAUUGUCUAUGGGGGAGCUGACUACAAGACAAUCCAUCUGAAAGUUAAGGCUCCUUACAGAAUUAUAAACCAAGGAGUGGUGAGCACAGGACACAAUGAAUGGAAGUUGACGUGUCAGUCAGAGGGAUACCCAGAAGCUGAAGUGAUAUGGCAAAAUAGAAACUACGAAGAUUUGACUUAUAAGGCAAACACAAAAUUUGAAACUGCAAGUGACCAGUUGUACCGUGUGACAAGUACCCUUACAAUCAAAAGUGGAAUUGAUGAGAUUUAUUACUGUAUAUUCUGGAAUAAAGAGCUGCAAGAAAAUACAACUGCCAUUUUACACAUAGCAGAUUCAACUGAUGGCAUUCUCCAGACUGAGAGCAGACGCUUUGUUGGAGCAACUCUCAUUGCUACUGCUUUUGUUGGAUCAGUGCUUCUGUUUCUGCUCUGCAUAAUAAAAGCUAGAGCAAAUAAGGGCAACAGAACACCUGUGGCAAGUCCAUCAAUAACAAAACUGUCAAAAGAUAAGAAUACACACAACUGGAGAGAUGCUUCCUUUGAAGACAGAGAGCUGAAUUAUAUGCAAAUUGAGAAGACCUAGAGAGAGCAGGGGAAGACUUUUUCCCACUGUUGUGAAGAUUUGUCAGCUCAAAUGUUCUGUGUUCUAUGUAUUGAAGGGGAUAUUAUUUUUUUGUAUUUAUUGUGAUGGCAGUCUUCUAUAUUGUUGUAACACAGGAAAAAAUGUAAUGAAGUUAAAAUAAUUAUUAUAGCAUAAAAAAAUUAUUGAAUGCAGGCUUCUGAAUAUGUUACUGGAUAUUGAGGUAUUUAUUUAAAUAUCAAAGUUUCUACCUUCUCAAGUUUAGACAAAUGUGUCUUUUAAAGUUUUCAUUUAAUUGAAUGUAUCUUUCAGGUAAAGCACUUUAGGUCUAUGACCAUCACGAAUUUCAUAGCUAGCUCUUGAUAGGUCAUCUUCUGAACCUUUUUUUCUUCUUUCUUCACCUGAGUUCUCAAUUUCCUGCACAUAACUGGUUUUCCAUACUUUAAAGAAUCUUUUCAAUACUUUGAUCCUAAUAAAAGGUGCAACAAGACAAGUUGCCAUACAUACAGGGCAUUUUCAUUAUUAAAAUACCAGAUGCUCUCAGCUAAGCCUGAAAAAGAUGAUUUAAAACUCUUGGUAACUAUGGUUUGGAAACUAAAUAAUACUAAACUUUUUGAUAUUUUCUUUGAAAAGCAUUUUGGGCAUUUAAUUUCCUCAUGAUAUUGCUGGCACUACUUGGUUACUGCUCACUGUCUUCUGAUUUGCAGUCUGGGGAUAAUACAAUUCUUUGGUCAUUUAGGAAAAACAGCCCUUUCUUUAGAUUACCAUUUUGUUUUCAUGGAAAUGGAAAAAGGAAAACCUAUUUACUUCAAGGACAUGAAAUACAUGCACAUGUGAUUACAUAGAAAUGCUGAAGAAACUUGUUCCUGGAUCCCAUUUCACAGGUUAUUGUUAUGUUACAUUUUGCUAAGUGCAUAGCCUUUUGGGGGGGAUCACACACAGGUGGAAAAAUAUUAUUACAAUGGUCUUCACUAUUGUAUCUUUUGAAUAAAAAAAUUUUAAAAAACAA